AUGGCAUGGCUAUGGGUGUGGCAUAGGUAUGGCAUGUGUUUGGGUGUGGCAUGGGUAUGGCAUGAAAUGGGUAUGGGUACGGGUAUGGUAAGAGUUUGGCAUGGAUAUGGCAUGGGUAUGGGUAUGGCAUGGGUACGGGUAUGGGUAUGGCAUGGGUGGGCAUUGGUAUGGCAUGGGUAUGACAUGGGAAUGGCAUGGGUAUGGCAUGAAAUGGGUAUGGAUACGGAUAUGCCAUGGGUGUGGCAUGGGUAUGGCAUGGCUAUGGGUAUGCCAUGGGCGUGGCAUGGCUAUGGGUUUGGGUAUAGAAUGGGUAUGGGCACGGGUAUAGUAUGGGCAUGGCAUUGGUAUAGCCUCGGCGUGGCAUGGGUAUGGCAAGGGUAUGGCAAGGGUUUGGGUACAGCAUGGGUUUGGGUAUGGCAUGGGUAUGACAUGGGUAUGGCAUGGAUAUGA